AAGAGCGACACACAGUUGGUGAGGGAGUCCAGAGAAAGGAGAGGAAAGACUGAGUCGACGUCUGAGAGCUUUGAGUUGAGGAUGGACAUGAGACAGAGGAGACAACGCACCAAAAAGACAAAAUAUCUGGAAAAAAUCAUCAGCUUUUAAUUAUCUUUUGACAAAUUGAGGAUUAUUUUAUUUCUCACAAGAGUGUGGACAUAAACCAGUUGUUUUCCAGCUGUUUUUCUUUUUCAUUUUUAACUGUCAGAGAGGACUAUUUUCUAAAUCUGCCAUCCAUAAACUGCAAAUACAACCGUAUUUUCUACCUCAGCCUCAGGAUUAUGGUGACGUGUGCUCUGCCUGAGGAUCUGAAGGAGGAUCAUCAUCAUGCUGAAAUGUAAAGUUCACAGUUACCUCUGCUGCCUGUGGUUCACCUCACUGCUGCUGCUCCAGAAUCGGAGCACGGCAGCGCCCACAGAAGACCAGUCCUUCCCAUGUAGCAUCUCUGUGUCUGCACCAGAGUCCGGUCUGGACUACAUAUCAUUGACAGUGACCUCACCGGGACAGGACUGCUCAUUUAUCGUAUCAUCUCCUGAUGCUGGAGUAGAGGGCGUUGAGUGUAGGAGAAGAAGGAGAGGAGACAAGGAGUUGGAGACUAAUGAGAUAGGAGAAAAGGAGCGAAGGGUGGAGGAAGAAGGGGAAGAUGAGAUAAAAGAGAACUCACUGGGAACCAACCAGCUGGGAGGUGAGGAUGGAGGGAAAAAAGAUGGAGGAGGAGUUUUCACCUGCUUGUUGGAUCACCUGGUGCCUGGGACCGCCUACCAGCUUCAGAUCCAAUCACAGAGCGAUGAGCAGAUGACCAACGUCACCCUACACACCAAGCCGUCAGCGGUGAGUGGGCUGGCAGUGAGCUCCAGGACCUCCAGGAGCCUGGGCCUCACCUGGCGGGCCGGCCCCGGAAGGACACAGCGCUUCAGGAUGCAGCUAUGGGAGCAUCUUAGUAGCCAAGGCCAGUCAGGUCUUUUAAGGAAUGAGACAGUGGAGAGCACAGCAACACAACUCACACUCCAAAACCUUACCCCAGGAAGGCUGUACAACAUUACCAUGGUGACGGAGGCUGGCGGACUGCAAAACAGCAGGACGAUUGAGGCUCAAACAGUUCCCUCUGCAGUUUCCCACAUGACCAGUGAUGACAACGUCAGCAUGAGUGAUCAGUUGCAUUUCUCCUGGCAACAGCCUGAGGGUGACUUGGAUGCACUCGUUGUAACUAUCUCUUUGAAUGGCACCAAACUGUGGGAGAUGACCCUUCCUCCAGAUGCAACACAGGUCACCAGUGAUCACCUGACUCCUGGGUCGGCCUAUCAGGUGGUGGUAAUAUCAAAGAGUGGAGGGCUGACAAACCAAUCAGAAAUUACUGUUAGGACAGUACCAGCUGCGGUGUCCGACCUUACCUUGUCUCAGUCCUCCUCUGGUGGUCUCAUGCUAUCUUGGUCACCCCCUGCUGGCUUCUGGGAGACCUACAGGGUGUUUCUGUUCGAUGGAUCCCAGCAGUUAGUGAAUGCCACUGUCAGCCAGGAAGUGCUCAACUUCAGCUUCCCAGGGAUAGGUCUAAUUCCUGGAAAGUUGUACCAAGCUGUGCUGAGGGUGGAGAGUGGAGGACUGACGGCUGAUAGUAUCUGUGAAGGAUCAACAGCUCCUGCUCCAGUGUUGGACCUCCACAUUCGCCAUGCAGACGAGACCUCAAUCAGUGCCAUGUGGAGCCAUGCUCCCAUUGGGUCACGUGACAGCUACUUCCUGACCCUUCGCCAUGGUAAUGAAACUGUGAAUACCAGGGAGGUGGAGCCUAACAUGAGGGAAUGCACCUUCAAUGUGCUCACACCUGGGAGACAUUACACUAUCACUGUGACAACCAGGAGCGGGAAACUGAACACUUCUGUGUCUGUAGAGGGGAAGACAGUUCCUAUGGCACUGACAACCCUCAGUCUGAGUAGCUCAGGGGUUGACAGCCUCCGAGCAUCAUGGGAAAAACCACCAGGAGAUGUAGAGUCAUUCACACUCACUCUACUUCAGGAUAGUGUUGUAGUUCAGAACCACAGCGUGCCAGCGGGUUCAUCCUCUCUCAUGCUCACUGAUCUGACACCUGGGGCCCUCUACAGGCUGCAGGCCACUGCUGUCAGUGGAGGAGUCCAGUCCAAAACAACUAGUCUGGAGGCACGAACUGUCCCGGCAUCCGUUUCCAGGGUAACUGCUUCCAAUGGCGGCAGGUCAGAUGCUCUGCAGGUGUCAUGGCGUCCUGCGGUGGGUGUGGUGGACAGCUACCUGGUCCACCUUCAGGACGGCAGUCGGAUGGUCCACACCCUGGCCGUGUCUCACUCCUCCCCACCGGAAUGCUCCUUUAGCUCGCUGUUUGCCGGGCGCCUGUAUUCUGUUGUCAUAGUGACAAGGAGCGGCAGCCUGGAAAACGCCACCACUGUACAGGCUCGAACGCAACCUGCAACUGUACAAAACCCCACAGCUGUUCACUCAGCAAGGGAUGACUUCCUCAAGGUUUACUGGCGUCAUGCAGCUGGAGACCUGGACCGCUAUGUGGUUCUGAUCCGUUACAACCACAGUGUGCUUCAGAACAAGAGCGUCUCUGCUGGACACAAUGAGUGCGUCUUCUCAUCUUUGACACCAGGCAGACUCUACACUAUCACCGUGGAAACUUGGAGCGGUGGCUAUGUCAGCAGCGUCUCCACCGAUGGACGCACCUUUCCAGCUGCUGUGGGGAAUCUGUCGCUAGGAGAUGCUGGUACAGGUGAUCUGACCAUCACCUGGAGCUCCGCCCCUGGAGAUGUUGACCACUAUGAGGUCACUUUGCUCUUCAAUGACACUCGAGUUUUCCCUCCGGUCACGUUGGGCAGUGAGGUGCGACAUCACCGUCUGACCUCCCUGACCCCUGGACGCCUUUAUAAGAUCGUGGUGUCGACUUUCAGCGGGCCAUACCAAAGGCCACAGUUUAUUGAAGGGCGGACAGUUCCCAGUGCAGUGGGGAACCUCCGUCUGGACCCUCGGCCCGGACUGAUGGACUCUCUGGGUGGGCUGGGGGUCUCUUGGACUCCUGGAGAUGGAGACUUGGACAUGUACAUUGUCUCCUUGUCUAAUACGGACGGCGUUGUGAUUGAGACUCGUCCUGUCCCCAAACACAUCUCUUCACUUGAGUUCAUGGAUCUGAUCCCAGGUCAGACCUACACCAUGAAUGUCCAGUCACUGAGCGGGAAGCUGACCAAUAGCAACACAGCCAGUGGCAGGACAGCUCCAGCCAGAGUGACGGCCCUGCAGGCUGAUAAUGACCACACCACCCACAGCCUCACUGUCACCUGGGAGAGGCCGGUGGGGGUGUUUGACGGCUAUAGUCUGCAGCUGCAGGAUGAGGCUGGUGCCAUUAUGAUGAAUCGGUCUGUAGUUUCAGAGAGCCGUAGUGAGCGACUGGAAGGUCUGACAGCUGGGAAGUGGUACCGUGUGCAAGUUGUCACGCUGAGCGGUGGCGUCGCAUCACAGGAGGCAACAGCAGAAGGACAAACACGUCCUGCUGCUGUCAGCAACCUGACAGUCACUUCAACCAACACUUCCUCGCUCUCCUUCUCUUGGCGUCCCUCUGUUGGCCAUGUUGACAUCUAUGACCUGUCGCUUUACAGCGUUGUCGAGGCAACAGCCAACCACAAACAGGAUGCUGCAGAGACCAGGAAGGAUCAUCACCAGGCUGUGGGUGAACUGGUGGACCUGCAGAAAGUCGGCCCGACUGCAGACAGCUGUGUGUUCUCUGGUCUGCGAGCAGGAAGUCUGUACCGACUGCAGGUGGUUAGCUGGAGCAGAGGAAUGAGCAGUGACUCCUCAGUGAUGGCCAGAACAGUCCCAUCUCCGGUCUCAUCACUUCAGGUUCAGAGUUCAGGACGGACAGACAGACUGACGGUCAGCUGGCAGCACGGGGAGGGAGGGUGGAGUAGUUACCAGGUGGUUCUAUAUGAUGCGUCUGGGACUCCGUUGGGAUCUCAGACCCUGGGGGCGGAGCACACAAGUCACACGUUCCCUGGGCUGACUCCUGGUAGGCUGUACCGCACUGAGGUCAUCAGUCAUAGUGGUGAACAGACCAACAGAGCUGUUGUGCUGGGACGCACCACACCAGACCCUCCUACACACCUUUCAGUCAAACAAGGCCCGACCAAUGACACCAUCGAGCUGUCAUGGUCUGGCCCCGCCUCUGGAGACUAUGACAACUUCAGUCUGCAGUGGACCCCUACAAACCUCCUGUCAGUCACACAGACCCACUUGACUGGGUGUAUUGUGGGCGGGAUGUUUCCGGGGCGACUGUACAACUUCACCGUGAUGACCGUUAGUGGGGGCGGAGCUAAGGGCGAACCCACUGCCAGGAGCCAGCCAAUCCAGAGGAGUGUCAGGACAAGUCCAUCUCCAUUGAAGUCCAUUCACUGCUUCCCUCUCUCCUCCUCCUCUCUCUCUUGCUCCUGGUUGCCUCCUGUCUCCGACUUUGACUCCUAUGAGGUCGAGUGUCGGCGCCACGAUGACGGGGAGUUGACCUCGGCUUUGCGGCUGGCAGGGGGCGUGACCACGGUUAUGCUGGACCACCUGGAGGCGUACAGGAAAUAUUCUGUGACAGUCAGAGUGUCAUCAGCCGGUCAGACGAGUCCACCAGCAACACACACCACUGUUACCAUGAUUGACAGGCCGCCGGUGCCGCCUCCUAGUGUUCGCGUCAGUGAAAGGUCAUCGAAGGUCACCUCAUCCUCCAUCUUGUUCCGUUUCAACUGCUCCUGGUUCAGUGAUGCCAACGGUGCCGUACGAUACUUCACCGUCAUUGUGGCUGAAUCUGGUGCCAAUGAGAUCCUUCAACCAGAACAGCGCCAUCCAAUGCCCUCCUACCGUGAUUACAUCAACAACUCCUCUGUCAGAGCCUAUCAGACCGCCUACUUCCCCAGCCGCUGUCCUCAGGACUCAGAGUCCCCUGCUGGACAGGUGGUUGAGGUUAACCUGGGGGCAGGAGGGGACCGGUUGGGCGGAGCCUGUGAUCAUUACCAUGAUGAUGACCUCUACAUGAGGGACAGCUAUGGCACCUUCUGUGACGGGCCGCUGAAAGCCAAAACCUCUUACAGGCUGAGCAUUCGUGCUUUCACCAGACUGUUUGAUGAAAAUCACAAAGAGUUUCCUCAGCCACUGUUCACCGACACCUACCUGUCCACGCCGCUCAGGACGCAUGCUGAGCCUCUGGGUGGAGUUGUGGAGGGUUUGAGUGCUGGGAUGUUCCUGAUUGGGCUGAUGGUGGCCGUCAUCUCCCUGAUGGUCUACAGACAGAGGCUACGCAAAGUGGCUGUGCAGGAGAACCCGGUGGUGAGGAUGAGUAUGUGGAAGGAGGUGCCAGCUUCAGGGAUAUAUAUGGGUGUCAGGAGUAACCGUCGGGUCACAAGUCCUAUCAAAGCCUGCCACUUUGAGUCUCACCUGAACAAGCUACAGGCCGACUCCAACUACCUGCUGUCAGAGGAGUUUGAGGACCUGAAGGACGUGGGCCGUAACCAGACGAUGGACCUCGCCCGACUGCCGGAGAACAGAGGGAAGAACCGCUACAACAACAUCCUGCCAUAUGAUUCCACCAGAGUGAAACUGUCAUAUUUAGAAGACGACCCCUGCUCCGACUACAUUAACGCCAGCUACAUACCUGGUAACAACUAUCGUAGGGAGUACAUCGCCACCCAGGGCCCACUGCCUGGCACAAAGGACGACUUCUGGAGGAUGGUGUGGGAACAUGGCGUUUACAACAUUGUCAUGGUGACACAGUGUGUAGAGAAGGGACGGGUGAAGUGUGAUCAGUACUGGCCUGCAGACCGAGAGCCUCUGUACUACGGAGACCUGGUCAUUCAGAUGGUGUCAGAGUCCGUCCUGCCGGAGUGGACCAUCAGAGAGUUCAGGGUGACCUCGGAGAGCAGCUGCAGUUACCCUCGGGUGCUGCGUCAUUUUCAUUACACCGUUUGGCCCGAUCAUGGAGUCCCAGAGAGCACCCAGUCCCUGAUCCAGUUUGUCAGGACAGUACGGGAUUACGUGGACAGAUCACCGAGUACCGGUGCCACUGUCGUGCACUGCAGUGCUGGUGUCGGCCGUACCGGGACAUUCAUUGCCUUGGAUCGGGUUCUGCAGCAGUUGGAUUCUAAAGGAACCAUCGACCUGUACGGCUGUGUGUUUGACCUCCGGCUACACCGCCAGCACAUGGUCCAGACCGAGUGCCAGUACGCCUUCAUGCACCAGUGUGUCAGAGACGUCCUGAGAGCCCGAAAGCAUCGCAGUGAACAGGAGAACCCUCUGUACCCCAUCUAUGAAAACUUCAACCCCGAGUACUGCCGCGAUUUCAUUUACAAUGGACGCUGAACAGAAGAAAACAUCAGCCCGACAAGAAAAGAGAAGAAACUCUGCUCUGUUUGCAGAAAAUAAGGCACAUAUUAGAAAGAACUGGCAGAGGCAAAUAUGUAAUUCAUAUGGGAUCAAUGGUAAAUUAAUAUAAUACUUUGAUCUGGUAAUAAUUUCACCAUUGAAACAGAUUUCUCUUAAGUCUUUCAGUCAGAUUUUACAUCACAUUACUGGUGUUUGAGUUAUUUCUAGACAGCAAAAGUACAUUAAAUAUCAGUCAGCAUCUGGGAGUAACCACAUGAAUAGUUAAAGUCCUAUUUAGCAUUUAUCAGCAGACAAGUGUUUAUUUGUUCAUAUAUACUUUAUCAAACUAUAGCUGAAAUAAUAUAAACUAUACCUUAAUAGGAGAAAAGAAUAACAAAUACUGUACAUUGAUGAAUAUUUGGCAUCCUUGUAUCAACCAUGUUAUAGCAUAUUAUGAACCUUUUCUAAUGUUAAUUACUGCUUAUUAAUGCUAAAAAGGGGAUUUAAGAGACGUACCACUGAUUAAUGAGAAGCUUUUAAUGAGAAUAAGUGCAGUCAGUUUAAUAUUCUUAUUUACGAUUGGCCAACGUGUCUAAAUAUUAACAUUUCAGCAGUUAGUAAUGGCAUCAUGGGAUAUCAUAGUCCAAAGGAAACAAUAAAAAUCUGAAAAUCUGUUCUCACCACUGCUUAGAUAAGGGUGAUAUUAUUUUUGAAUCAAUGUGAAAGAAGUAUUCUGAUUUGUCUGUUCUUUAAUUUAUGGGAUUUGCCAAAAACUGAUGUUACUGUUUGUUUUUCCAAUUUUACUUUAGUUCUCAUAUCGACACACAUGUCCCAAAUAUCUGAAUCCUAUUAACAGUGCUUUUUAUAGUCAAUUGUUGAAGGGAAACACGGGUUGACUUCAGGUCUUUGGUGAUUAUUUGAGACAUUUGUACUCGAGUCUGACAAUAAUGAGCAUAAAAACAAAACAUAAUGUAACCAGACUGAUCACAGGGAAGGAAAGAGUCAGUUAUUUUUUAUACCCUCUACUCUCACUCUCAACAUAUAAGCUGUUUAUUUAAAAACCUACACAUAUUGCUGUAUGUAAAUAUUGAUGUAAUACUCCUUUUUUAAAAUAUAAUAAAUAAUAUAAUGUCAGUUUUUCAGUUUUCAUCCUGUGUAAUAAGACUCUUGAAUGGCUACAAACGGUCAUAUCCAGCUGUAGUCUGUUUAUUUCUAAUGUUUUCAACAUAAACUGCAAAAGCUGUUUAUUGUGUUGUUUAUGUUAUCAAACAUAUAAGUCUGAAUACAAGCCAACAAACUCACCUUUUCUGUUUUUUACUGGUUGAUGGACUAAAAUUUUAAAGCUUGUUGUAUGUGUCUUUGCCACAGAAAAGUUUUUGGUAUCUGUCUGACUGUACUGCUGAAAGGUCGGAGAGAUUUUUUUUUAAAUGAAAAGAAUAUAAAUGCGAUUGUAUUUCCUCACAGAUCAUUGUAAUCUGGAUAGAAAGUGCCAAUUAAAAAUAGCUGCCAAAUUGUA